UUGAAGCCAUCAGUUCUUCUCAUCUCCCUCUGGUAAACAAUAUAAAUAGCUGGAUCAAGUCGGUAAGACUUUACCAAGGUUGUGCUGGGGAUCCUCUCAUCAACAGAAAGAUUGAGUGAUAUGGAUGCCCAAACAAGGCAUGGUGGCAGCGAAGAACUGAUGUGUGCCGAGGUCUUUCUUGACUGGAAGGGUAGAGCCUGCAAGGCCAGCAAGCAUGGAGGGAUGAGAGCUGCUGUGUUCUUGUUAGGACUUCAAGCACUCGAAAUGAUGGCCAUUGCUGCUGUGGGCAACAACCUGAUAACCUAUGUAUUCAAUGAGAUGCACUUCCCUCUGUCAAAAUCAGCAAACCUGGUGACCAAUUUCAUCGGCACGGUGUUCCUCCUCUCCUUGCUUGGUGGUUUCUUGUCGGAUUCUUACCUCGGGAGCUAUCGAACCAUGUUUGUUUUCGGAAUCAUUGAGCUUUCAGGCUUCGUACUACUCACAGUUCAAGCACACUUUCCCCAACUGAGACCUCCCCAGUGCAAUAUGAUAUCAGAAGGGGACCUCUGUGUGCAAGCCAAAGGACUCAAAGCCUUGAUAUUUUACAUUGCACUCUACUUGGUGGCCCUUGGGAGUGGCUGCCUCAAGCCGAAUAUAAUCUCCCAGGGAGCUGAUCAAUUCCCCAAGGAUGAUCGCAAUCACUCCAAAAAGCUUUCCACUUACUUCAACACAGCUUACUUCAGCUUCUGUGUCGGCGAAUUGAUCGCGCUAACUGUUCUCGUUUGGGUUCAGACAAGGUCGGGAAUGGAUGUUGGUUUCAGUUUAUCGGCAGCGACAAUGGCUGCCGGACUCAUUAGCUUGAUCUGUGGGAUGUUCUAUUACAGAAACAAGCCCCCACAGGGGAGCAUUUUCACCCCAAUUGCAAAUGUUCUUGUGGCAGCAAUUAUGAAGAGAAAACAAGUGUCCCUGAAUGCUAAAGUGCUCGAUCAUGUCAGAAAUGAUCUUUCCGAUAACAAUACUAUCGAGUGUCACGAUCCCUCUAAUGUUGGAAGAAUUCACGCAGAAAAGUUCAGAUUCCUGAAUAAAGCAUGCAUUCAAGUUCCUGGCGAUUCAAACACCAAGGAACAUUCAUGGAUGCAAUGCACCGUUGCACAAGUCGAGCAAGUGAAGAUAAUUCUCUCAGUGAUACCGAUAUUCGCUUGCACAAUCAUCUUCAACACCAUAUUAGCUCAACUCCAGACCUUCUCAGUCCAACAAGGAAGUGAGAUGAAUGCACAAGUGACCGAAGCAUUUGAAAUUCCACCCGCUUCCCUCCAAGCCAUCCCUUACCUUAUGCUCAUAGUCCUUGUCCCCCUCUAUGAGAUCGGCUUCGUCCCGCUGGCACGAAAGUUCACCAAAAAGGACUCGGGCAUCUCCUCGCUGCACCGCAUUGGUUUAGGCCUCUUCACGGUGACAUUCUCAAUGGUGUCCGCCGCGCUGGUGGAGAAGAAGAGGAGGGAUCUCGCCGUGAAGUCAGGCAAGCAAUUGUCCAUCUUUUGGAUCACACCGCAGUUCCUGAUCUUUGGCAUAUCCGAGAUGUUCACCGCUGUGGGACUCAUUGAGUUCUUUUACAAGCAAUCCAUGGCAAGGAUGCAGGCCUUCUUAACAGCGAUGACCUACUGCUCCUACUCCUUUGGCUUCUACCUGAGCUCGCUCCUUGUCUCAUUGGUGAACAAGGUAACAUCUUCAGGGCCUUUGACCAGAGGCUGGCUCAGCGACAACAACUUGAACAAGGAUAGAUUGGACCUCUUCUACUGGCUUCUUGCAGCACUGAGCCUGCUUAAUUUUAUCAAUUAUCUAUAUUGGUCAAGAUGGUAUUCAGAUGAUGAUCCUUCUUCUCCAUCAGACUCUCCUCCUAACAAUCUGCCUUGUGUUGAGGAAGAAGACUACACUGGAUUGGUCAGCUCCUCAAAGAUCAUUGAAGAUCAAAACAUACCAGUAUAAAGCCAAAAAGAAAGGCAUAUGUUGCAUGAAUGACCUCUACUAUUUUUUUGUUUAACUUUAAUUAACUUUGUACCCAACUUAGUGGUGGAAUUAUGAAGCUCUUUCUUAUCA